AUGAAAUUUUCUUCGAAAGUCGUUUUGGCAAUCCUUGUCACUUGUGUCUCACACGCCUAUGGUUAUGUCGUGGUUCCAAAUACUGAGUAUCUUGGAGAGGGCUUCUGCAAGGCUACGAAUGGAGGUACACAUGACUUUUCCGUGGCUUAUGGCGGACAAACCGCACUUUCCUGCGAUGAAAUUUGCCGAAGCUACAACGAUCAAGGUGGCUUGAGAGGAUUUGAGUUCAACGAGCAAGGUGGCCAAUGCGUUUGUCGUUACGACGAUGGCACAUCUCCAAAAGACUACCUGGGAAGCUGUCCACCUGCGUUCAGCACCUGCGAUACAACUAACGAGGGUAGCGGUCCUUUGGUUGCACGUGGUGCUCCUUUAUCUGGAGAUGAUCCUGAUGAUUUUGAUUGGGAGUGCUACCAAUAUGAAAUGUUCCCUGCUCCUUUAGUUGUGGCUGAUAAGACCCCACAGCCCCCAACAACGAUCCCAGAUGACUUCCCAGCCCCAGAGGUCACUGGUGACCCUCACUUCCGCACCUUCAAGAACGAGCACUUUGAGUUCCACGGACAGUGCGAUCUUGUCAUGACCAAGGUCCAGAACUUUGCCAACAAGGAAGGCAUCGACCUCGAGAUCCAGCUUCGUACGAGCAUUGUUCGUUACUGGAGUUACGUCAAGACGGCCGCCAUUCGCAUCGGCACUGACAUCCUCGAAGUCGAAGGAUCGGCUGCCAAAGAAGACGGCAUCGACAAGCGUCACUACCACAUCAACUUUGAGCACCUUGGACCUUUGACUCACCUUGGCGGCUACCCAGUCACCAUUAGCCCUCGCAACAACAAGUACACCAUUGACCUUGACAAAGAUUACCCUGGUCUAAAGAUCGAGAUUAAGACCUUCAAGGAGUUUGUGGGUGUCAAGAUCAUUGGUGCCACCGAAGAGUCCUUUGGAAAUGCCAUCGGUAUCAUGGGCGAUUUCAAGACUGGCAAUACCUAUGGCCGUGAUGGAAGUACCGUCUUGCACGAUUUCAACGAGCUUGGCCUCGAGUGGCAAGUCUUGCCAUCCGAUGGCAAGUUGUUCCAUGAGAUCGCCAAACCUCAGUUUCCAGAGUUGUGCUACCUUCCGGAAGAUCCCCGCGGCGAACGUGCUCGUCGCUUGGCCGAGUCGGAUAUCACCGAAGAAGCUGCCGAAGCUGCUUGCGCCAGCCUCAAGGAUGACUUCGAUCGCAAGGGAUGCGUCUAUGAUAUCUUGGCCACUCAAGAUUUGGAUAUGGUCGGGGCCUACUAA